AUGCAGUCACACUAUCCCUAUCUGAGGUACCUUGAGGAAACACAAUGGGCAUCGACGAUAACUGUUGCUGCUUCUAGAAACCUGUUUGGCCAACGUCAGCUCGGCGAUGCGGGUCUGGCGCACGCAGCCCAUUUCUCGUCUUGUCAGUGUCACCCAGACCAGCCAGGGUCUGCGGAGGCAUUCUAUGUCAUGUAUAACCCUGAACAAAAGGAGUCUUGA